CUCAUCCUUCCUGUCUGUCGCCUUCAUCAGCAGCUCUCAGUUUACCCUGACUCAACACACACUCUGAUACGUGCACACACAGCAGUGGUGAAACUACCCGUCAUUCUCCUCACGCUGCGUCCAUACGUCUGGGUGUGUGUUGAUAACGCCACAUAUAGUCCUCCUCAGGCGAGUCAGAGGGGGCGUGGCCUAUCUGGCUACACACCAACACAAUGGCUCAUUGAUUUCAGGAUGCGUAACAUGAACAUCUGGGGUCUGGGCUGGGGGGUCAGUCAGACGUCAUGUCAUCAUCUGAACUAACUAGUUCCUGAACUUUUUAGAAUCUGAGGCUCAUUUUAACCAUUUUUAUCAAAAAGUUCCAGUUUCUCCACUAACCCUGAUUUCAUUUGUCUCAAGCAAAAUAAAAAGACUCAGAUUAUAUCAUAUCCGAGCAGAAAUGCAUCACAUCCAAGUAGAAACAGAUCAUAUCCGAGCAGAAAUGAAUCACAUCCAAGUAGAAACAGAUCAAACCCGAGCAGAACUGCAUCGCAUCCAAGUAGAAAAAGAUUAUAUCGAAGUAGAAACAGAUCAUAUCCGAGUAGAAAUGCAUCACAUCCAAUUAGAAACAGAUCAUAUCCGAGUUGAAAUGCAUCAUAUCCAAGUAGAAACAGAUCAUGUCCGAGCAGAAAUGCAUCACAUCCAAGUAGAAAAAGAUUAUAUCGAAGUAGAAACAGAUCAUAUCCGAGUAGAAAUGCAUCACAUCCAAGUAGAAACACAUCAUGUCCGAGCAGAAAUGCAUCACAUCCAAGUAGAAACACAUCAUGUCCGAGCAGAAAUGCAUCACAUCCAAGUAGAAACAGAUCAUAUCCAAGUUGAAAUGCAUCAUAUCCAAGUAGAAACAGAUCAUAUCCGAGCAGAAAUGAAUCACAUCCAAGUAGAAACAGAUCAAACCCGAGCAGAACUGCAUCGCAUCCAAGUAGAAAAAGAUUAUAUCGAAGUAGAAACAGAUCAUAUCCGAGUAGAAAUGCAUCACAUCCAAGUAGAAACAGAUCAUAUCCGAGUUGAAAUGCAUCAUAUCCAAGUAGAAACAGAUCAUGUCCGAGCAGAAAUGCAUCACAUCCAAGUAGAAAAAGAUUAUAUCGAAGUAGAAACAGAUCAUAUCCGAGUAGAAAUGCAUCACAUCCAAGUAGAAACACAUCAUGUCCGAGCAGAAAUGCAUCACAUCCAAGUAGAAACACAUCAUGUCCGAGCAGAAAUGCAUCACAUCCAAGUAGAAACAGAUCAUAUCCAAGUUGAAAUGCAUCAUAUCCAAGUAGAAAUGCAUCAUAUCCAAGUAGAAACAGACCGUAUCCGAGAAGAAAUGCAUCACAUCCAAGUAGAAACAGAUCAUAUCCAAGUUGAAAUGCAUCAUAUCCAAGUUGAAAUGCAUCAUAUCCAAGUAGAACUGCAUCAUAUCCAAGUAGAAACAGAUCAUAUCAGAGUUGAAACGCAUCAUAUUCAAGUAGAAACUCAUCAUAUCCAACUAGAAAUGCAUCAUAUUCGGGUAGAAACAGAUCAUAUCCAAGUAGAAAUACAUCAUAUUCGGGUAGAAACUCAUCAUAUCCAAGUAGAAAUGCAUCAUAUCCAAGUAGAAAGAUAUCAUACCUGAGUAGAAACAGAUCAUAUCCGAGUAGAAACGCGUCAUAUCCAAGUAGAAACAGAUCAUAUCCGAGUAGAACUGCAUCAUAUUCAAGUAGAAACUCAUCAAAUCUAAGAAGAAUCGCAUCAUAUCCAAGUAGAAACACAUCAUAUUCGAAACUAGAAACUAGAAGCUUAAAACAGCAGAAAUAAUAUGAUCCAUCAGAAAGUUCCGGACUGUGUUCAGGUGUUGUUUCAGGUGAGAGAAGGUAAACAUGGUUGAACAGGAUUAAGUUAGACACUAAAUUGAAUGACACUGAAACUGAGUUUCAGUGUCAUUCAAUUCAGAGUUCAUCUCUGGAAGAAGCGAAAGGUAUGUUUUAUUUAUUUAUUUAUUUAUUUUUUUACUAAGUAUAAAGUCAGGAGGAACACUUUCUGACAAAAAUGAGCUGAUGGACUUAAAAUAAUGUUGAUUUUAACAAACAGCUGAUUCUCAGUCCAGCUUUACAUCUACAAGCCGGUUGCCAUAGUAACAUGUUGACCGACUCCAGAGCUGCUGACCGACGUGAUGAAUAUUACAUUCCGCUGCUCAUUCCCACAUGGAAGCUGGUGAAGUAUAUUGUGCACACACACAUGCACGCACACACACAGCGUCGGCAGCUCAGUCGGCGUGGGUUGCUCGGGGCGACAGCCUGGAGAGUUGUGCAACAGAACUGGGCUGUGAUUGGCUGAGAGGACAGAAGUGAACAGGACGUCCCAGCCUAGUUUCUACUCUUUGACUGCGUGAAAGACGGCGUGUACGUCUGUGUGCUUUGUGUGAGUGUUUGGUGUGUGCGUAGCAGCUUUUCUGAGCAUGUGCAGCAUCAGUCUGUCCCAGUUUAACCUGAACAGGGUCUGGGGGCCAACUGGGUUAUAUAAAGCCUGCUGUUCUCUUGUCCUUACCAGCCGGAAGCCUGACAUCUCUGUGCAUGUGUGUGUGUGUUGCCACUGGGAAGGAUGCAGAUUUAAAAAUGUGUGUUUGAUGGAGAAAAGGUUCAUCAGAUCUGGACGUGGUCUGGAGGUUCCGUCAUCAGAUUUUCCUCCUUGUCUGAAUGUAAACAUUAGAAUUACCAGCUGAUGUCAUGUCCAUGAAUCUCUACAUAUGAAUCAAUACAAGCGGAGACAGGUCUCUGGAGACGAGUGGAAACAGGUCCCUGGAGACGAGUGAAGACAAGACUCUGGAGACGAGUGGAGACAGGGUCUGGAGACGAGUGGAGACAGGGUCUGGAGACGGGUUUCUGGAGACGAGUGGAAACAGGUCUCUGGAGACGAGUGGAGACAGGGUCUGGAGACGAGUGGAAACAGGUUUCUGGAGACGAGUGGAAACAGGUCCCUGGAGACGAGUGGAGACAGGUUUCUGGAGACAAGUUGAAACAGAGUCUGGAGACAAGACUCUGGAGACGAGUGGAGACAGGGUCUGGAGACGGGUUUCUGGAGACAAGUGGAAACAGGUCUCUGGAGGCGAGUGGAGACAGGGUCUGGAGACGAGUGGAGACGGGUUUCUGGAGACGAGUGGAAACAGGUCUCUGGAGACGAGUGGAAACAGGUUUCUAGAGACGAGUGGAAACAGGUCCCUGGAGACGAGUGGAGACAGGUUUCUGGAGACGAGUGGAAACAGGUUUCUGGAGAUGAGUGGAGACAGGUUUCUGGAGACGAGUGGAGACAGGUCUCUGGAGAUGAGUGCAGACAGGUCUCUGGAGACAAGUUGAAACAGAGUCUGGAGACAAGACUCUGGAGACGA